UACAUUAGCUCGGAAGGUGCAAGAAAUUUGAUACGUACACGAUGGAGGAAUUGCUAAUGUCGAUAGUGAAGGAAGCGAUCGGUAGCAAGCUGCAAAAUCUCAAACAAGCCGCACAAAUCGCACACGAGAAACUAUCCCGCCAGCAUGGUAUGCACCGGGACCCAUCCUACGAGUUGCGUUCCGUAUGCUUUACGGCACUGCAAAUGGCGCUGGAAACGAAGCGACCGAAGUUUAUAACCUACGGAAUGAAUGGUUUGCACCGAAUCAUCCGUGACGAGCGCUUUUUUAUUGGGCUAGAACCGGAAGAUGACUCACUGUGGCUGCCGGCACAGUUACUGCGCGCCACCUCCAGUCUCUCCACCAUCGCGAACGAAGAUACCGUGGUGAACGUGCUGCGCUUGAUCCUGGCGAUGGCCUGCUCACAGACCUGCACCCUCAACGGGCGUCUGCUGAUUGAGAUGCUGUCCAAAUGUGGCGAAUGCUGGGAGAACGGUUCGCGGGCUGUUAAGGCAGCGUCACUGGCUGCCGGCAGUCAAUGUUUGCGCACCUUCUGCGCCUUCCUAAAGGACGAGGCAGAGGAGAUCAUACGCCUGGAUCCGACCGGGAUCAUCAGCCUCGGCAUGGCGGCGGCCGUAUAUAACGAAGUGAUACCGGUGAUGCAGUGGCUGUGCAGCAAGCUGGUUGAACCAGCCACUGGCAGCACGAAAGCGAGCGAUAAUGCUGGCAACAGUUCGCUGUACCUGAUGGAGUGCAUACUAACGCUGGUAGUGUCGCUACCGUCGGACGUACACGCUAAUCCACACUUUACGGCAUUUCUGUGGCAAAAGUUCUGCCCCACCUUAGCGGCCACAAUGGGUUCGCCAGGGCGUGUGAACAAAGACAAGAAAUUUACUUACCGCGAUGCAAUACAUUUGAUCGAGAGCGAGAAUCGAGGUUUCUUUACACGACCGGGUUUGGAUGGUCCGCAGGCUCGCUGCAUCUACUUGACAAGCAUCCAGCUACUCAGGAUAGCGGGUGCACAAGGUAGUCUUCGUCCCAUGCUGGAGGCAUUGUUCCACCGGAUGCUCUUGCUGCCAGUGCCAAGUAACCGGGCGGAACCGUUGCGAUAUGCACGUGAAAUUUUCAAGUCACCCGAGCGGCUUAUCGAUCUCGCCAUCAUUCUCUAUCCGGACAAGUCCCAGAGCAGUAGUGACGAUAUGGCACUGUUCCGAUUGUUAAUUGACGCAAUGGAAGAGUGUGCUGCGGCCUGGCAUCAUGGUAGUGCCUCUGUGUAUGGGGCACUCAGCUCAAGCGUUGAGUGUGUGGUAGCAUUGCUAGAAAGCCUCCAGGUUCUAUCGUCCGGCAACUUUGAUGAGGCACUGAUUGGAGAUCGGAUUGCAGAAACAGUGAACGAACGUUACGCAGUACUUGCGGAUGCCGACUACACGGGUCCACUGACGUAUCAAUCGAUGACCCGGCUACCACCACCGUAUCGGGACGCUGUUGCCGAACUGCGACAGAGUGGAUUUGAAUCCUCGUCAGAGUCCGACGCCGAUGGGCCACUCGACCAGGGCACAAUCGAUCCGGAGCUGGGCUCGGUUGGCUCUGGUGAUACCGAGGGUCCAGAGGACGAAACGCAUUCGUCCGGUGACGAUGUGUCGUCGAAAACGAGCCAAGGCAACUGGUUGUGGGCGCACAUCGACGACUCCGGAUCGAGUGGCCGCUCGGAUGGUGAUUGUGAUAGACAGCAUGCAAGAGAGUUUGCUGCCGUACUAGCGAGCGAACUGGUGCCGGCUCUGCUGCGGCUCAAAACUUCUAUCGAAAUUGACGAAGCGGUACAAGAGUUUGCCUCGCGUGUUUGUCAACGUAAUAGUGCUACGCGAGGUGACGGUGACUACAGUGCGCUGACUGCGCUCAAUGCAGACGGUAUCUAUCUGGCGACUUAUUCCGCACUACUACUGGCACUGCAACUAGUCAGCGGAGGUCACUACGACGAUGAUGGAGGCGGUGGUUGCAGCGACGGUCAUAAACCAGCAACAAUUCCUCUAACCGAGCAGCAAUUCGUCACCUCGGUGCAGAAUUCUGGUAUUCUAGUGUACUUGUCCGCUGCGUGGCUGCGGGAGCUGUACCAGUGCAUCCUGGCGGCAAAUCCAUUGCAAGCGUUAAGCAUCACGCAACGCGCUACCGAUCAGACGGGCACCCAUUGUGCUCUGCUCGAUAUGCUGCACGAUGCGGGCGGUACUGGCCCAACGCAGAUGCUCUCGGACUGGCAACGGCUACAGUCGGUGGUAAGGGUACAUAGUGAGCAGACGGCCAAACAGCGAGCCGCACGUAAGAUCGCUCGCCGUCUGCUAACUUGCUGCUGGGAUUCGAUGGUGGCAGUAUUGACAGCCGGACUCGGAGAAGUAGACGGCUCACCAACUGCUAGGCUAGUAAAGUUGUCGAAAAAGACGCUCCGUGUACGCAAGGAAACACGAGGUUCGGGAGAGACACUGUACGCCCUCAGCCUGGACGGCCUGCACGCGGCAGCAACCCUUAGCAAUGCGCUCAGCCUGCAACACCUGGCAGGGAAAAUUAUCAACCUCAUUGCAUCGAACGUGUGCCAGAACGCAGGUCCAAAAAUUCCCGCCAGCCAUGCACUGUCGAUGGAUGUGGUACUGUCGGGUGGACUUGAGCUGGGAUCACACAGUGCUGACUGCUGGUUGCCGGUGUUUUCCGUCUGUCGACACGUAACCCAGCUAGAGCAUGAUCUGUUCAGUUCACAAAACAGCGCCACUAACGUUGGUAAUGCGUCAGGCGUUGGACAAUGUAAGGACGCUUCGGAUCAGCCGUUCGGCAAGAGUGAUGCACAGUCGGACAGGCAGCAUCUUUCGCUGUACUCGGUCGAUGAGGAUGAAACGUGCGUCGACGUGUAUAGCUUUCUUCAAGCGCCGAAUACAAACGCCAACAUCAACGUUAUCACCAUACUGAAGGCGUACACGGGCAAUGAUGCGGUAAACCUAACGCAGACGGACACAGCCAAGAUGCUGUGCGCACUGUCGCAUCAAGCGGACGUACUGUUUUCAGAAGCUGCCGAACGGUUGAGCCUGCCUGCCCUACAGCAGUUCCUGCGGAGCUUGUGCCGGGCGUCAAGGGAACAACUGUAUCGCAGCACAUCGCUCAAGAAGGGCAAAAAAUCUUGGUGGCUUGGUCGCCCCUGGAAGAUAAAGAAUGAUUCCUUGCCACUGUCACUGCUGUUGCAUCGUGUUGGAGAUGUCACACUAAAGGUAUUCCGAGGUCCUCGCCCACUCUUGCACGUGCUUAAAGUUUGGGCAAUUACUGGGCCACAUCUGAUGGAUGCUGCCUGUCACAAGGAUCGUAGUAUCUCGAAGCGGGCGAUUGAAUACAUCCACGAUAUCAUUACGGCACUGUUGGUAGAGCAGACCGAGUUGCCACACUUUCACUUUAACGAAGCACUGCUGAAACCGUUUGAAAAUUUGCUUAGCAUGGACUCGUGCGACAUUGACGUGCAGGAUCAAAUCGUGGCCUGUCUGUACGAGAUCGUAGAAGCACACCGAACCGAGAUAAGGUCUGGCUGGAGGCCACUCUUCGGUACGCUGCGUACAGCCCGCAAUCGUCCGGUACAUCUAUCAAACAUUAUCGACAUCUUUCGUGUGUUUCUCGAAACGGACAAUAUGCUGGUGUUUGCCAAUGCUGGGCUGGAUUGCAUACUCUGUCUGCUGUCGUAUCUGGAGAUUUCCGGUAGCGGACCAUCGGCAACCGACCAUGGACAGUAUCCAACGACCAGCUCGGAAGACAUAUCGCUAACGAUGCGCUCAGGCGACUUUCUGUACGAUGCGCUCAAGUUUCUUGAGCGUUGUGCCUCCAUACUAGACUUUAUGUACAACAUGCCGCAAUGUCCGAACAUGCACUCGACGUACAAAAUCAAGGGUAUUACCUAUACGCACAUCAUUGACGCCAACAUACCGAACUCGAUGGAAAACUUUACAUUCUUUGGACAGGACUACCUGCAGAACACGAACGAACAGUGUAUGAUUAGCUAUCGCUCGCUACACAUCGACAAGGAGUCGAUCCGAAAAAUCGACGAGCUCGACCGACCGAGCGGUGUGCUGAAGGUGUGGUUCCUGUUGCUGGAUGGUCUUACCAACUCGCUGAUCGUGUGCCCGAUUGCACAUCAAUCCCCCAUACUGCAGUCUAUCUUCAAACUGUUCAAGGCACUGAUGAUUAGUCCGGGAGUGGAAUUCGGGUUCUACUGCAUCAACCAUCUGCUGAUACCGAUGAUCCAGGACUGGCUGCGGUACGUGAACAAGGCGCAGAAAAACUGGGUGCUGAUCGAGAAAAACUUUAAACAUUGCUGCUGCAUGACCACGGACCUGGUGGUGGACUUUCUGGCAAAGUCCCAAUCGCUCGAAACGUUGGGAGAUCGUGUGGUGAUUGGUAGUGAGUCGUUGCUUGGCCACAGCACGCGAUCCUCACCGCCGCCCGCAUCCACCAGGCUCAACAUGCGAGGCUCAACCGAUGGGAAGUACCAGAGACAAGGCAAACCACACGAAGAUGAUCAGUCAGCUGGUAAGGCUUUCGCUUCAGCCCGUCUGCCCAGUUCAGCGAUACUAGCACUGAAGCAGCUGUUACUGGUGCUGAUCGAAUGUUCGGCCCAGUCCCAGGAAACGAUCGCAAGGGUAGGUGUGUCCUGCAUGAAGCACAUCAUCUUCUCCGCUGGCUACAUGUUCGAUGAGGACCAGUGGGUGAUCAUUGCUUCCGCUAUCCAUCGGGCAAGUACGGUUUCGAUGGCGCCCCUAAAGCAGCUUAUUUUUGCGUUCAAUCGCAACUCGAACAGUUUCUACGGAGAUUGCGCAAACGUGAAGGUAGCCGCCCGGCGGGACAGUACACCCGAGGAACUGCAGAGGAUUCAUUCGUUGGCGCAGCAGGUGUUCCUGAUGGACACGCAGCGAGAUGCGCUCGGUGGACGCAACCUAGCCGUACCGCAGGAGGAUAGAUCCUACUCGUUUUUGCUCUAUCCGUUGCAGUGCAAUGGAGGAAUGGCACCAUCGGUGGCAACCUCUACCACAGGAUCCACCCACACGACCGGCAUACCCUCAUCAUACGGACUAUCGGUGGACUGUUACAUAAUACGUAUUCCUUAUCGCAAUUUAAUUGUCGGCAUGCUUGCCAGCCAAAUGUUGUUGCAGCUGAUCGCAAAUAUCCUACUCAGCGGACUGUCCAACGUGCCGAGCGAGCUAAAUACCUGCUUCUAUAGCAGUGGUGCAGAAUCGGCCGCCACCGGUGCUUCAACUGCGACUCCGCACAACAAUCCCAGCAGUUCGAAAACGCUGUUCUAUCUUGGCCAGAAUAGCAAGGAGAUACUGCUCCGUGCCCUGCGCCAAUUUCUGAUCGCUGCAGUCGAGUUCGAUACCAGGCCCGGCUUGAAGUUUCUGAUACAGAAAGUGUCCGGCAUCGAUUAUGCGGCCAAUUUGUAUAAACAGAUGAACUCGUCCUGGAUAAUACACUACAUGGCGCUGGUUGACAUGUAUCUGAACAAUGUGCGCAUACACAACCUCACCGCUGAGGAUGUACGCUAUCUGUUGAGCUCCUGCUGCGAUCAGUAUUCGGCCGGCUUACAAACCUCCAAGGGUGACGAGAAAUGUAUCCAUUAUCUGUUUGCGCUGCGUGAUCUGUGGGAAAUGAUUGCGGAUCACUUCAUCCAGCAUUUGGAAAGCGAUCGAGAGUGCAACUAUGCCCGCAGCAAGCCGUACAAAUAUACGGACGCUUGUGAGGAAGCGGACGGUCAGUACGGUGAAACCCGGGACGGUACGGAACCGGGCAUCGUAUACUAUGCGGAUCAAGGGAACGAGGACAGUGGGCAGCAGGCGUCUGGUAGCCUGAAGCACAGUAACGAAAACAUCCGGAAGGUGGGUUAUGAAGGAGAAAUUGUCAGCAUUCCUGGUAGACGCGAACCGCGCAGUCUGUCCCACCAUCCGCAUCAUCCUUGCUAUGCGCCCAAUGCUAAUGGACAGACAGCACACGACCAGCAGACGAAAGAGUUCGAAACACCGAACAACAAUCACCAUCAGCAGCAACCGGAUGUGGUGGAACAGCCAAAGGGUGCCAAACCGGCACCGAAAGGUGACAGUCAACCGGGCACGACGCCGACACCGGACGGCGAGCGUCAGAAGCAGUCGAUACCGCCGGAAAUAGAACAGCAGCGUGCGCUCAGCAUCCAAAAAGACGUGUCGCAUAAAACAUCUGCCUUAAGACAGCUUAUCGUCGCUUCUAUUGAGUUGAUCAAGCUUUUGCCGAACGAGCAGUCCGAGUAUCUGCAGCUACUGCUAACGCCCCGCAUCCGGGAAGCGUUUCACUUUGUCGAGGAAAAGAAUCCGUUCCUUUCGUUGGACGCACAGAAUUAA